AUUUAUUACUUUUUUUUAAAGCUAAAUAGUUAUUACAAGAUCAUGGUCCAAGCCGUUUGUCUAUAUAAGCAAAUCCAGUUUCCCAUGGAGCUAGCAUCCCCAAACUUCUGCUCUUCAUGGCUGCUUGAGUUUAUCCAAAACAACCUUAUACAACCCUAAACACCACUUUUAAAUCUCUCUCCCUCUCUCUCUCACUUGCUCUAUUGCUCUUGAGGUGCAGAAAGAUGGCAGAUCUAAAUGCAGAGAGGGAUGUCAAUCCCAGCAGCCAACCUGCAGAGAAAACACAUGCAGAUUUUGAUCCUCCUAAGAAGCCCAAGAGAAACAAGUUUGCUCUUGCUUGUGCAGCCUUGGCUUCCAUGACUUCUAUCUUACUUGGUUAUGAUAUUGGUGUAAUGAGUGGAGCGGCUAUCUACAUCAAGGAUGAUCUGAAAAUUUCAGAUACUCAAGUGGAAAUCCUGGUGGGCACGCUUAACAUAUAUUCACUCGUGGGAUCAGCUGCAGCUGGCCGGACCUCCGACUGGAUUGGCCGCCGGUACACCAUCGUAGUGGCUGGAGGUAUUUUCUUCGUCGGAGCUCUCCUAAUGGGAUUCGCCACCAACUAUGCCUUCCUUAUGGUUGGCCGGUUCAUAGCAGGAAUUGGGGUGGGCUAUGCCGUCGUGAUUGCUCCGGUGUACACAGCCGAGGUCUCUCCGGCAUCGUCUCGUGGGUUCCUCACCUCAUUUCCAGAAGUUUUUAUCAACUCUGGGAUUUUGAUUGGCUACGUCUCCAAUUUUGCAUUCUCAAAGCUCCCAACUCACUUGGGGUGGAGAUUCAUGCUUGGAAUUGGUGCAAUCCCUUCUGUUGUCCUUGCUGUGAUAGUUCUAGUCAUGCCCGAGUCACCGCGUUGGCUCGUCCUCCAGGGUAGACUCGGUGACGCCAAGCGAGUUCUGGACAGGACCUCUGAUUCUAAAGAAGAAGCUCAAGCAAGGCUAGCCGAUAUAAAAGCAGCAGCAGGAAUUCCUCAAGACUGCAAUGACGACGUCGUUCAAGUGGAAAAAAAAUCCCACGGAGAAGGUGUAUGGCGAGAAUUAUUCCUUCAUCCUACACCGUCAGUUCGUCAUAUCUUAGCAUGCGUAAUCGGCAUGCAUUUCUUCCAUCAAGCGUCUGGUAUAGACGCUGUCGUUUUAUACAGCCCCAGAAUCUUCGAAAAGGCUGGGAUCACAUCAGACAACGAUAAGUUACUCGCUACAGUAGCCGUUGGAUUCGUGAAGACGGUCUUCAUCUUAGUGGCGACAUUUUUGCUUGACAGGAUCGGACGGAGACCAUUGCUUCUAAGUAGCGUAGGAGGGAUGAUAUUUUCAUUAGCAACCCUUGGAUUUGCGUUGACCAUAAUAGAUCAUUCGCACGAGAAGCUAACGUGGGCUAUUGCACUGUGCAUCGCGAUGGUAUUAGCGAACGUGGCGUUCUUCUCAAUAGGGUUGGGACCCAUAGCGUGGGUAUACACCACUGAGAUCAUCCCGUUAAGGCUACGCGCGCAAGGAGCGAGUAUGGGAGCGGCGGUCAACAGGGUAACAAGUGGGGUAAUAUCAACGACAUUUAUUUCGUUGUACAAAGGCAUAACAAUAGGCGGGGCCUUCUUCUUGUUCGCUGCAAUUGCAGCAGUGGCUUGGAGCUUCUUUUUUACAUGUUUGCCAGAGACUCAGGGGAGGACAUUAGAGGAUAUGGAGGUCCUUUUUGGUCAUUUCAUCAAGUGGAGGUCUGCUUUGAAGAAGCACGAGGAAGGUAAUAAAGACGGUGAAAGUAACGGUGAAAUUCAGUUGUGAUGAACCUUGUAACGUGUGGUGCUUAGACCUUGUGGCUUGUUUGGUUAAAAAUAUUCUACUUUUUUGUGAAAUAUAUUUUAAAGGAAGUAUACUUGUUUGAGAGUUAUUUUGUGAAAAAUAUAAUAUAAAUGUAUUUAAUAUAU